AUGGGCGACGAUAUCCUUGAUUGCUCAGACAUCGAUUUACACAUUAGAGUAGAACUUGAACCAUCCAAACCCUCCCAAAGAUACAAGAACAAUAAAUAUUUCAAGAAUGACAACAGAGACAAUAAAUAUAAAGACAUCAAUGACGAUUACAGCGAUGGCAUGGAUGCAUCAUGCCAGUCUCCAAACUCCGUCACAACCCUCAACUCGCUCAACUCGCUCAACUCUCCAAACUCCCUUAAACCCACAUCCCCCGUACCAACCUCUCACUCCCCCUCUUUCAAUUCACUUUCGCCAACCCUCUCACCAUCCUCCAUCGAAAAUUCCUUCCUCAAAGUCCAAAACUGCACUCUCGAAGCUGAAAUAACUCAAGCUCGCAUCACUAUCCAAGCCCUGAAGCAAGUCAUCCAAAGUAAAGAUGAAGCCUUACGAAAAGCUCAAGAGGAAUAUCAGGUGGCAAUGUGGAGAAUAAAUCUAUUAGAAGCUCAUGUGAUGAAGAGGAGUGCUGCAAAAGAUGGUAGUUUUAUAUUGAGGAGCGAAAGUGAAUGGUCCGAAAGUGAAAACAAAUUUAGGAUUAGCAGAAAAGAUGCUAUCAGUAAUGUUUGGAAGGAUGGCAACAUGGGUGACAGGAGCGUGAAGGACUAUUAUCUCUUGUUGCGAGAAGAAAGUGAAAAACUCAAAAAGAUACGUGACAAGCAUAUGACCGAUGAAGUCAUCAACAAGAAUGUUUUUGAUGAUUCCAAUUCGGACGAGUAUAGUGACUUGACUGGUUUGAGUAAUCAUACUAAAUACUCGUCUGAUCGGACAGUGGUAGAGGAUGAAAAGGCCGAUGAGAAAUACUAUGAAAUAGAAGUCGAUGUCCAAUAUAAACAAUCUGAUCUGCCUGAAACACAAGUGGAAAAUCGCAUGCUAACAGCUACUUCAAGGAAAAGUGGUCGUGCAAAGUCUGUGUCUUCUAAAUCGUCAAAGUCGGUUCCAACGGCUACUUCACAGCAACCAAAACCGACCCGUCGAUGGUCCAUAGCCUUUGCCCCCAAAUCAACCAACGUAUCUCCUCCCUUUUCGACAUCUCUGCUGGCUACUCCUUUGACAUCACCUCUAUCUCCGUUCAUACCAGCCAUCUCUACGUGUCCUACUACAUCUACAAAGGAAAUAUCGGAAUUGACUGGAAGCUCCAUGAACGCCACAGUAGCAACAACGAACGGAAACGAGACCGAAACAGCCAAGAAGAAAAAGAUAAAAAAUAUCGAAAAGCAAUUUGAGAAGAAAUUGGAAAAGCUAAAAAAGUUGCAUUUUCCUCGAAUAUAA